UUUGGAGCGGUACAGACAUCGGAAAUGGCGGUUAUUGGCUUCGUCGAAAGUAUGAUCGCUCAGUGGAUGUUUUGUGCUUGGCGGUAACAGUUCGCGGAUUGCGUAGUGCUUGUGCGGGGUUGAUUCUGAUGGUAAACAACGCGGUCACGCUUCGUGUGAUAUUUAUUCUGCGUUGUCUGCGGAUCUCCAAUACGCCGGUAGUAGAAUAGAUGGACAUUUGAAUUGAUUCGAUUGUGUUGAUUGUUCAGAUAAUUGAUUGGUGUAACAACGAAUGGAUUUGGCAAGGCGUAAGCAUCGUUUUCUAGGAUAUUUCGUAAUAACAGGAAUUUUGUCUUCACAAUGUGCUACAGCGCAAAGCGAGAAACCGGCACCGAACAUCAUAUUCAUUCUAGCUGACGAUCUGGGAUGGAAUGAUGUUGGAUUUCACGGGUCAUCCCAAAUCCCAACACCAAACUUGGACACGUUGGCCUACUCUGGCGUGAUACUCAACCGUUAUUAUGUAACGCCUAUUUGCACACCGUCGCGAUCAGCCCUCAUGACGGGAAAGUACCCCAUCCAUACGGGAAUGCAGCAUGCAGUUCUUUACGGUAUGGAACCACGAGGACUUCCGCUGACGGAGAAACUACUGCCGCAGUACUUGAAGGAACUUGGCUACAUGAACCACAUCUACGGAAAGUGGCAUCUUGGUUCCUAUACCCGGAAACACACUCCGCUGGAACGUGGUUUCGAUUCGCAUGUAGGCUUUUGGACCGGUCAUCACCACAUGUUCGACCACACGGCUGUGGAAACCAACACUUGGGGAUUGGAUAUGCGAAGGGGAUUUGACGUUGCCUAUGACCUCCACGGACAAUACACGACGCACGUGAUUCGGGAUGAGUCGGUAGCGGCAAUCCGGAGGCAUAACACUACUCAACCGAUGUUCCUGUAUGUAUCCCACGCGGCGGUUCAUUCUGCGAAUCCUUAUGAUUUUUUGCCAGCACCGGAUGAAACUGUAGCAAGGUUGACGGGAAUAUCAAAUUACCAGAGGAGGAAGUUUUCUGCCAUGAUGACGGAACUGGAUCAAUCGGUAGGAGCAAUCAUCGCUGCCUUGAGUGAACGAGAAAUGUUGGACAAUUCGGUAAUUGUGUUCAGCACCGAUAACGGCGGUCCUGCGGAAGGUUUCAACAACAAUGCUGCUUCCAAUUGGCCACUCAGAGGAACGAAAAAUACGCUCUGGGAAGGAGGUGUCCGUGGUGCAGGAUUUAUUUGGAGUCCAUUGAUAGAGAAAACGUCGCGGGUUUCUAAACAAACGAUGCAUAUUAGCGAUUGGUUGCCGACGCUUUUGGAGGCAGCUGGAUAUGAUCUGGAUAAACUUUCACCGGAUUUGGACGGUAUCAGCGUAUGGCAGCCACUGCGAAACGAUAAUCUCACCGGUCGAACUGAAAUCCUUCACAACAUUGACGAUAUCUGGGGGAGCGCUGCGUUGACUGUUGACAACUGGAAAGUAAUUCAUGGAACCAAUUACGAAGGGAAAUGGGAUGCUUGGUAUGGACCAGCUGGAAAUCGAGACACCAAGUCUUAUAACGUGUCAUCUUUAUAUAAUUGCCCAACUGGACGAGCAUUGAAGAAACUUGGAAUGCUUCCAUCGGAAGAUGUAGUUAUCCAGCUGCGACAGGAAGCUACCGUCCAGUGUUCAGGCGUACAAAAGAAAGAAUGCAAUCCGCUGCAAUCACCGUGUCUUUUUGACAUCGUUAGCGAUCCUUGCGAGUUUCAGAACUUGGCAGAUCAAUUCCCGGAUGUCUUGAGAACAAUGUUGGAAAAGCUGAGUGAUUAUAAUGAAACGGCGGUUCCUCCUGGUAACAUGCCGUUGGAUACUCGAGGAGACCCCCGUUUUUGGGGUUAUACGUGGCAUAAUUUUGGCGACGAACUGUUGCAGAUAUAUGAGAUUGUAAAUAUGACUGAUAGUGCAAUUUGAUAUAUUUUUACAAAAAAAUACAGAA